GAGAAGCGCGAAAACUGUUAAAAAAGAAACCUUAUUUUCUUUCUCUUUCCUAAAUUUCGAAAUUUCAAAUCGAAACCAACAGGGAUAUCAUCUCGAUCAAUAUAAUCUGUCUCUGGAUCUAUCAAUCGUUUUUGAUGGAGAUAGAUUCAGGUCCGAUUAGUUCAUGUUCGAAAGAGCAUCAGAAGAUCUACCAGGCAUGGUUUAAUCACGCUGAUACAGAUGGAGAUGGUCGAGUUACCGGAAAUGACGCAACUAAGUUCUUCGCUUUAUCUAACUUAUCCCGACCUGAACUUAAACAGGUAUGGGCUAUUUCUGAUUCCAAACGACUAGGGUUCCUUGGGUUCAAAGAAUUCGUUACUGCAAUGCAGCUUGUCUCUUUGGCACAAGCUGGACAUGAAAUAACAGAGGGACUUCUCACCGCUGAACUUGAUUUGGAAAGCUUAAACCCUCCAGUGAUGGAAGGGUUGGAUGCAUUAUUAGCUAAAAAACGUUCACCAAAGAAAGUAGAGCCCGAUCUCUCAAUCUCUCCCCAACCAUCCAUAUCGGCUAAUUGGUUUACCUCUAAGUCUACAAAAAAGGUUCCUUUAAGCUCAGUCACAUCAAUAAUUGACGGGUUGAAGAGGCUAUACAUCGAAAAGCUAAAGCCGUUGGAAGUUGCCUACAAAUUUAAUGAUUUUGUAUCUCCAUUAUUGACAAACAGUGACUUUGAUGCUAGACCAAUGGUCAUGCUUUUGGGCCAGUAUUCUACUGGAAAAACCACAUUCAUCAAGCAUCUACUGAAAAGUACUUAUCCAGGAGCUCACAUUGGACCAGAACCUACAACGGACAGAUUUGUAGUUGUUAUGUCGGGACCUGAUGGAAGGAGUAUUCCUGGGAACACAAUUGCUGUUCAAGCAGACAUGCCAUACAGUGGCCUCACAACUUUUGGAACUGCAUUUUUAUCAAAAUUUCAGUGUUCCCAAAUGCCGCAUCCGCUGCUAGAGCAUAUCACAUUUGUAGAUACUCCUGGAGUUCUAUCCGGAGAAAAGCAACGGACACAACGAAGCUAUGAUUUUACUGGAGUUACAUCUUGGUUUGCAGCUAAGUGUGAUCUUAUUCUUCUUCUAUUUGAUCCUCAUAAACUGGAUAUCAGUGAUGAAUUCAAGCGCGUCAUUGGAUCUCUACGUGGUCAUGAUGACAAGAUACGCGUGGUUCUGAACAAGGCAGAUCAAGUUGAUACACAACAGCUGAUGAGAGUUUAUGGGGCAUUGAUGUGGUCACUGGGAAAGGUUCUUAAUACUCCUGAAGUUAUGCGUGUUUAUAUUGGCUCAUUUAAUGACAAACCUGUAAAUGAAGCAGCAAUUGGUCCACUUGGAAAAGAGCUUUUUGAGAAGGAGCAGGAAGACCUGCUUGCUGAUCUGAAAGAUAUUCCCAAGAAAGCUUGUGAUCGCCGAAUCAAUGAAUUUGUAAAGCGUGCAAGAGCUGCUAAGAUCCACGCUUACAUAAUUAGUCAUCUUAGAAAGGAGAUGCCUGCAAUGAUGGGCAAGGCUAAGGCACAACAGAGACUCAUAGAUAAUCUAGAAGAUGAAUUUGCAAAGGUCCAGAGAGAGUUCCAUCUACCAGCUGGGGACUUCCCAAAUGUCGAGCAUUUUAGAGAAGUACUCAGCGGUUACAGCAUCGAUAAGUUUGAGAAGCUAAAGCCGAAGUUGAUACAAACGGUCGAUGACAUGCUUGGUUAUGACAUCCCUGACCUCUUGAAGAACUUCAAGAAUCCGUACGAGUGAAAACACAUCUUGAAGGCAGACAUUGUAUGUACCAUGACUAGCUAUAGUUGUGGGAUUUUUCUUAUUUAAAUCUUAUAAUCAGUGACUGGUGAGUGCUGAAGUGUCCUGUUCGACUUAUUAGUAUAUCAAGGAAGUGUUCAGAGAUUUGAUUUCAUCUGAGAAGUGUGUAAGAUACAAUUUUCAAUCAUGAAUAGUUGAGCUCGGUACUUUGUUAGAUAAGAGAUUAAGAGUAUACCUUUUAGCUUCCGAGGUGAUGACAAUAAUGUCUGUAUAAUCCGUUAGUUAAUGAUGUAUAACUGCCUUGUUAUGUGAAUCUUAUUAUUCUAUUUUUGCUAUAAUGUCUGGAUUCAAAAGAGUAUUUGCCCA